AUGGAUGACUUUUUUAUUGAUUUUGUCAUUAUUGCUGCUAUUAUUGCUGCUCUUUUAAUUGCAACAAUGGUUUUAUUGUUUUUGGUGAGAAGAAAUGAAAAUAAUUGAUUCCAGAAAAAUAUAAAUUAUUUCAGUACUCAAAAAACUUACGCCGUUUUAUUUCGAAAUGUUGGUGUUGUUGUAAUUCGAAUGAUGAUUUAGAGAAAUCAGUAAUUCCUCCAAAACGAACAACAAUUCGAGUUGUUAGUUCUUGUCCUUCAAAUGUUAUUUCCACGAUUCCAAUAUCUCCAACUUAUAAAAACAUCAAACCACCAAUCAGAAAGUAUGUUAUUAACAAGCUCAAAAUGACUUUUUCACGUGAAAGUUCAGGGAGAAAGUUCCAAUUUUUGGGAUCACGUGAAACAUUGGACCAUUUCGAAACUGAAUUUCUUUUGGAGUUCCUCGUGUAAACUCUUCUUGAAUUAAUUGAAAGAGAUCUUUUAAUAUUCACUUGUUUAUUCCCAUACCCUCCUUUGACUUAAAAAAAACCAAUUUUUCUAGGACAACUUCGAAUCCACCAGAUUUUUUUGUUUCUACACCAACGCCUACAAAUUUUCCAGUUGAGAGUCCUUCCCAAAAAUUCGUGUUCAUUUUUCCGAAACGACCAACUUAUCAGGUAAUUUCUAAAUACAAACUAGAUGUUAACACCUCUUUUUCGGGUUACUGUAGGUUUUUGUUUCUAAUUCUAUUAAUAAUAAAAUCAAAAUAAUUUCAAAUUCCAGAUGGAAUCAAAUCAAAUAACAAUGCACAGUGCUUCAACAAAAAGUUCAUAUCUUCCUCAAUUUAUUGGACCUCAAACUUCUCGAAGAUGUUCAACCUAA